UAGCCGUUGAUAAAUCCCGCCGUUUCCUACAGAGUACAGUGGAUUUUAAUCCAUUGUUAGGCUAGUGGUUAAGGCGCAGCGUUCUCGCCGCGGUAUCCCAGGUUCGAAUCCAGGUUACGUCAGGAAGGGCAUCCGGCGUAAAACACGUGCCAAAUACGAGUCGUCAGGGGCGACCCCUAAACGGGAAAAGCAGAAAGUGAUCUUAUUUUAAGGUCCACGAGUCGCAUGACCAACAGGCCUUUUUCUUUUUUUAAAUACACCCUUAAAUGUUGCAACUCUUUUGUCUUAGUGGCUCUGGUUUUAAUCGUGUCUACAUUAUUGUCAUGACGUAUAGAUGUUAGCCAUAAGCUAACAAAUUUAUUACACACUCUUCUUUCUGUUAUAAGUCGGUCUUACGUUACAUAAGGCUUCACUAUGAAAAUUCUCACCUGAUGUGAUUACGUUUUCAUGGCAGCGGCUCUGGAAAGUCUAUUAGGAGGAAGGGGGCCCGUUUUUGGUCCCCCUGGCACAGAUGGUGAUGACGGCGAGGAGGAAGACUCACCAGCAGUUUUACUGAGUGUUUUGGUCCAGCAUGGACAGGUUGGCCUUUGCUUCUAUGACACUAAGGACUCUUCUUUAAACUACAUGGUAGAUUCCCCUGACAACCACGAGCUCCACCUGCUGGCCAGAGUUAUCCAGGAGGUUAGUCCUCAUGUAAUCAUUACCAGUGCAAAGCAGGAACGCUGUAUGACCCGCUUCCUGCAACAACUUGGUUCAAACCCAGACUACAAACCAGAAGUGGUGACUUAUCCAUACACUGACUUUGGUCUGGAAGUUGGUAAGCAGAGGCUACUCUCUGCCCAUCUGCCUUUCCUCCCCUCCUCCAUUUCAGAGAGAGACAAAAUGUCCUACCUCUCCUCCUGUAUCUCCUUUGACUCAGCCCUGAUGUUGAGGGCAGUGGGUGCUUUACUAAAAUGUCUGGACAGGAGGAGAGUGGGAGUGGAGCUGGAAGACAGUAGUGUUGGAGUUCCUAUCCUGCAAUUCCACGCCUACACACUGAAAGGCGUGGUUUGUAUUGACCGAGACACAUACAGUGUACUGCAGAUAUUCAAGUCAGAACUUCACCCAUCUGUGUACAAACUGAACUCGGGUGAAAAGGAAGGACUCAGCCUUUAUGGUAUACUAAACCGCUGCAGGUGCAAGUUUGGCUCCAAACUGCUACGUCAGUGGUUUCUGCGGCCAACGCAGGAUUUGGCUGUGUUGCACAGGAGGCAGGAAGUAAUACGUUUCUUCACUUCUCCUCGUAACUCAGAUGUCCUGAACACCCUGCAGUCCUCACUACGCAACAUCACAAACAUCCCGACUCUUCUGCACAGGAUGGCUCUUUCUCACACCAAAGUGACCGACUGGCAAAGUCUUUACAAGAUGGUGCACAGUGCAGUGUGUAUUAGGGACACGGUGCGACACCUGCCUCAGUCUAUUCAGCUCUUUCAUAACAUCAGUGUUGGGUUUUCUGAUGACCUUCCCUAUAUGGCCUCUCUCAUCAACCGGGUUGUGGAUUUUGAAACCAGCCUAGCUGAGAAUUGGUUUUCCAUCAAAGCUAAUGUGGACCCUGCAAUAGAUGAGAAGAAGAGGAGGAUGAUGGGGUUGUCCAACUUCCUGGCAGAUGUUGCUAGAAGAGAGCUGGAACACCUGGAUGCUCGCAUCCCGUCCUGCUGUGUCAUCUACAUCCCUUUGAUUGGAUUUCUGCUUUCUGUCCCUCGCCUGCCCAGUAUGGUUUUGAAAGAGGAUUUUAAGAUAGAGGGGCUUGAUUUUAUGUUCCUGUCAGAGGACCGUGUGCACUACCGCAGCCAGAGAACCAAGGAGCUGGAUGACCUCCUAGGAGACUUGCACUGUGACAUUAGAGACAUGGAGACAGCAGUAAUGACGCAGCUGCAGAACGCCAUCCUCGAGAGGAGUGCCUCCAUCUAUAAGGCCCUGGAUCUUAUUGCUGAGCUGGACUGUCUGAUGGCGAUGAGCAGUGCCUCCCAAGAGUAUGGCUACACCUCACCAAAGCUAGCCAGCCACAGGAACAUAACAAUCACACAGGGCAGACACCCGCUGUUGGGACUGUGCUCUCCUGUGUUUGUGGCCAACUCCUUCCAGAGCUCAGAGUUGCAGGGCAGAGUCAAGAUCAUCACUGGGCCCAACUCAUCUGGCAAGAGCAUUUACCUCAAGCAGGUGGGACUGAUUGUGUUCAUGGCUCUGAUUGGCUCAGACGUUCCAGCAAAGGAGGCGGAGAUCGGUCUGGUAGAUGGGAUCUUCACCCGUAUGCAGAGCAGAGAGUCUGUGUCUCUGGGCCUCAGCACCUUCAUGAUAGACCUUAAUCAAAUGGCCCAGGCUCUCAACAGCAGCACUGGCAACUCAUUAGUUCUCAUUGAUGAAUUUGGAAAAGGAACUAACACAGUGGAUGGGCUGUCCUUGCUUGCUGCGUCUGUCUCUCAUUGGCUGAGAAAAUCUCCAGUGGAUGUUCCUCACAUCCUGUUGGCUACUAACUUCCACAGUUUGCUACAGCUGGGCCUGCUACCCUCCUCUGUCCUGCUGUCUCUUCUGACUCUAGAGACAGCUGUAGACGGGGAUGAGUUGGUGUUUCUGUACCAGCUGAAGGAAGGGAUCUGCCAGUCCAGCUGUGCUGCCAGCAUCGCCUCACUGGCAGGUCUGCCAGCUGGUCUUGUGCAGAGAGGAAUGGAGGUAUCUGAACAUUACAGGACAGGAAGGCCCAUCAAACGCACUGACCAAGCAACAUCAGAUGAGCAGUCAAACAGGUACAAGUCUGUCGUGGAGAAGUUUCUGGGUCUGGACCUGGAUGACAAAGACUUGGAUCUGCAACGCUUCAUGAAAGAGGAGCUCCUGCCCUCUGCUGGAGAGGUGCUGGGCAGCAGGUGAACCGUUCUGCUUCUGCAAACAUGUUUCUGCUGCUCUGUGAGCAGUUUGUCCGUUCGUUCCUCAGUGUUGUCCCUCGGUUUGAGAGAGAGCAGACUGUAAAUGAUGUUCUACCAGGACUUGAUGUGUUUAUCCACACUAGGAUGGUGUCACAGUAACACGUUAAUAUCCUGCAUGUGUUAACAGAGGUUUAUGUUGGAGUAAAACAAAAUACUCAUCCUAAUAUUUUUUUUUUGUUAAAUUUAAAUACUGUAUCUAUG